AUUUUUAAUGGCGGAUGAUGCUAUUUGUCACUCAUUUUAUGGUUAACCAUUUUGUUCUCGUCGUUUUAAUAUUCCAUAAUAUUAUAGUUUAUUUUUCCUUUGAGUUUUAGUUAAAUAUAGUUACUACGUUUUGCUUUUUCAUUAUUUACAUUUUCUUUUAUUACUUAAUUUGAUAGAAAAGAAAUUGUGAUCGUGCGUAAUAAAUAAAAAAGCGUGGCAGAAGUACUCAUCAGUUCAUAAAGUGCGUUUUCCGAAAGAUCAUCAUGCCAAAACGUGGAGGAGGAAGACAAAGAAAUUGGGAACAUGAUCAUUUUGAGCAUGAUGAUAGAACUCAUACAAAUAAUACGCGACGCGUCAGCUUUAAAACUGGUACAAACAAAGGCAAAAACAAAUUUCGUACAUGGAAAGACCCCAAGCUUCUGCUUGACGAUGAUAUUGAUAUGGGGUCAUCUGGUGGGCAGGUGCAUACACAGGGCCGCAAAGGACCAUUUAGGGGUCGUGGUGGUCGGCUCAACUCACCAGCUCCAAGAAGUGGCCAUGGCUUACCAAAAAAGAAAUUUGUAGCUGGAUUACUUCCGUGGUAUCAGAUUAUAAUACCAUAUGGAGCUAAACAUGAAAAGGAUGUUGUUCUGAGGGCACUCCUGAGUUUCAUAUCACCAGAGGUCUUUAUACCUCACUAUUACAAGAUCAAUGGGAAUGCUGCAGUGUUUUAUGUUGAUGAUGUUAAAAUUGCUGAGAAACUCUUCCAUGCUGACCGUAAGAUUGUUAUGUCAGAUGGAUUUAAGUUGGUGGUGAUUGUGCGUAAUUCAGCACCAUCUGUUAUUAUUGAUGCUGUAAUGAAGGAGAAGAUGAAACAAGCUAUGGCCAAAAGAUACAAUGCAGCUACAAAAGCAUUAGAUUUAACAAAAUUUCACACUGACCCAGACUUAGCCGAUGUAUUUUGUGCACUUUUCCGGCCAAUGAUAAUGUUAGCUGUCAUAGAUAUAAUUGCUGAUAACAUUCCGGAUUUGGAAGCUUUAAAUCUGAAUGACAACAAACUGCAUGGGAUAGAACAUUUGAAGAUAUUAUCAACGAAAUUAAAAAGCCUGAAAAUUUUGUAUCUAGGUGAUAACAGGAUACCAUUCGUGGGUUCAUUGGACUCAUUGAAGUCGCUACCACUGGUCGAGUUGUUCCUCAAAGGAAAUCCGUUGGUGAACAGGUUUAAUGACCACGAAAUAUAUGUCAGCGAUGUCCGGAAGAGGUUCCCGAAGCUGACGAGACUGGAUGGAGUGGACCUGCCCCCAGCAAUCGGAUUCGACGUGUCAGAAGAUGUCACAUUGCCACCACGGCAGCAGUCGUUCCUAGUGGACCCGGCCGGCCAAGACCUUGUCAGGGAAUUCUUAACCCAAUACUUCGCGAUAUACGACUCAGAAUCGCGGCAACCGCUGUUAGAAGCAUAUCACGAACACGCCAGUAUGUCAAUGGCCGCCAACUACUUAAGCAACGACAACAGAAAUUCUCCGUCAGCUAGAUUGAACGCGUAUAUAUCAAACAGUCGCAACAUAAUGCGAAUAACAGAACGGGAAUCCAGGAGGCGAUACCUUAAAACGGGACGCCUGCAAGUCGUCUCCUUCCUCUCAGAUUUACCAAAAACUACACAUGAUCUGAUGGGAUUCGCUGUAGAUUUGAUCGUUUUUACUCCAAAUAUGAUAGUACUGACAAUGAACGGCGUUUACAAAGAGACGAGUACAGCUGGCAACCCUACGCGUUCCUUUCAUCGGACAUUUGUUGUCGUUCCCAAUACAGGAGGUGGAUUCUGCGUAAUAAAUGAUGUACUUUACGUAACGAACACGACUAAAGAACAGGAAGAGAAAGCCUUCGCGUCGGGCGAGUCAAUAACGACACCGACGCCAGCGCAGCCGCUGGGGGCGCCUGUCGCCGCCGCGCCCUCUGGCGUCACGGACGACACCAGGAAGAUGAUGCUCAACAUGCUAGGCCAGCAGACCGGCAUGAACGAGUUCUGGAGUAUGAAUUGUUUGCAAGAAACUGGUUGGGAUUUCCAGAGAGCGUUGUUUGUAUUCAAUCAACUUCAGUCAGAAGGCAAAAUACCGCCUGAAGCGUUUGUCAAAUGAAACUGUGACGUCACUUUAAAAUUGGGCUGUGCUGAUGAAUAGUGAAUAAGAAGAGAAUAUAUUUUUAUUAAAAUAAAUAGAUAAUGAAAAAAUAACUUACAGAUGGACGAAGGAGUCGUUUAAAUUGAUUUUAUUAGCAUAAUUGUGUUGAUAAGUUUUUUGAAGACAAAUGUAUGAAAGUGAAAAAUAAUUGAUGAAGCAUGUAUUAUUUUAUGUAAUCGACAUAUAAAGAUGAGAGCAAGAGUUUUGUUGUAUAUUUACUUCGAAGUAGCACUUAAAUUCUGGAAUAUUCUAAGAGUGUAUUGAGAAGAGAGAAUAAACAGAUUAUUGAUAUCAAGACUAGAUACUAAAAAGAACGAAAUAUAAGAAAUAACAAUUGUCGUUUUGAAUGAAAAUUACAAGUGUGUGUUAUGAAGAAACUAGGCUGCGUUGAAGAUGAAGGAACACGACUUUUAUUACAUAUUUGUAUGUAGUUAGCAUAAAUUGUAAUUUACUAGUAAUAUUUACAUUGAUUAUGAAUCUAUUUUAAUUUUCCGUACUUAAUCUUGAGAAUUAUAAAGAAAAAAAAAGAACAAAAAUAAUUGAACAUAUAUCUUGGGCAUAUUAAUACUGAAAAGUAACUAUCUCAUUCAUAAAAAAACUUACAAAUUUAACUAUUGCAGUGUUUUCUUUUAUUUUUGUUUUAAUUGAGAAUUUAGUGUAAAAGGAAAAAAAAAAACACUUCAAUAGCUAAAAGAGGUUAUAUUAAUUUAAUGAACUUCGUUUUUAUGAAUAGAGGAGAUAGUUAUUGUUAACAUGUUUAGUUGUAAAUGUAAGUACACGCAACAUACUACUCAGAAUAUAUGUUUGACAUAUACAUAUAAAGAUAGCAUUUAUGUUCCUAAUUUUUUUUUGUAAUACAAUUUUUCUUCUGUAAAUGUUCAAACAGUUUGUAAUUGUAAAUAGAUAAUCGAAACAUUUAUUGAAAAAGUAAAAAUUGAUUUUUUUAAAUAAUAUAAUUUUAAUUAAUAGGUAAUGAAACAUUGUAAUGCAGCAAACUACUAUAAUUGUUUACAAUUUUCUAUGAUUCGUUGUUUAUCAUCACGUGAUUGUAAAAUGAUGUUAGAGAAAAAAAAUAAAAAAAAAAUUACAAUCCAAGAAAAAAAAUUUAACAAAAAGAAAAAUCUUAAAUAUUUUAAUUUCUAUUCGUGUUUUCAAAGCAGUCAAUUUUUUUUGUAAAUAGUUUCUAUGGGUUUGGAGCGAUCAUGUUUGGGCAUAUGGUUGUUCAUGAAACGCGGCAGGUACAUGGUGCAGAAAGAGUCCUUUGUUUAUGGACCACAAGUGGACCAUGGUUUGGUCGAUCGACCCGGCCCUAUGGGGCUAAAGUGACGGAACCCCUUGAGUAUUCUCUCGUGGGCUAGUCGCUCGGAUCAGAGGUCUUCCAUGGUGGUUUGCAUCUCAGCUGCUUUUAAUUGAGAACUGUACCUUUGUCCUGCAGUGGAGUCGCUCGGGGGGGGCUUAGGGCUUAGUUAAGGAUUACUGUAAAUAUUAAUUAAUAAGAAAAAUACAUUUUUCUUUUAAACAUA